AUGAUCCCAGAGGAGAUUCAGAGGCUCCUGGAAGAUGCUGAAAGCUACCUGGCAGAUGGACUGCAGAAGGAAAACUUGAGUGCUAAAGCAAGGGAGCAGAGGGAUGCAAUUCUCUUUGACUUCCAGCAAGUUAAAGCCAGGUACCACUUGGAAUUUGUGCCCCGAGGCCAGGAUCAGCAUGACACUGCCUUUGGACAGGACAGCUCUGAUGAAAAUCACAGCUGGGGUUUGGCUCCUUCCAUGACGUCCGACGCCUCACUUCCAUCAGACUUCCAGGAUGAUGGACUGGAGGAGACCACCCCAAAGCCUGUUGAGGACACAGGGAACAUUCUGAAGCAGGGAUACCUGGAGAAGAGGUGUCGAGACCACAGCUUCUUUGGCUGGGAGUGGAAGAAGCGGUGGUGUGUCCUCAACAGGAAGACCUUCUACUACUAUGCCAAUGAGAAAAGCAAGCAACCUAAAGGCAGCUUCCCCAUCAGCGAGUGCAGCGCCAGGCUGGCCUCCCACCUGCGCCGGGACUCCCGGCGGAGCUGCUGCUUCGAGCUCAGCUGCCCUUGGAAACGAACCUAUGAGUUCACAGCCCCAAGCCCAGCAGAGGCUGAAGAUUGGGUGGAUCAGAUCCAGUUCCUCCUGAAAGACCUGAGCUCCCACACCAUCCCAUGUGAUGAGGAGGACGAAGAGGAGCUCUACAACGACGUGGACAGCUCUGACUCCCUCACCACAGCGUCCCACAGCACCACCCUGAACCAGGAGGAGCCUAAUGCUGAGCUGGAAGAUGACAUCUAUGAGGUUUUGCCAGAUGAGGAGCUGGAGUCCCACAGCCUAGAGGACACCAGGAGUGGAGAGCAAAGUGGCACAUCCUCAACUAGAGCAGGUUGCCCAGAGCUGGAUUACUCUAACUACUACCAAGGCUUGUGGGACUGCAGCGCUGAGCAUCCCGACGAGCUCUCCUUCCACCGUGGAGACCUCAUCUACAUCCUAAGCAAGGAGUACAACCCCUAUGGCUGGUGGGUUGGAGAGCUCAACAACGAGGUUGGCAUCGUCCCCAAGGACUACCUGAUGCCAGCCUACGAGCUGGGGGAGCAGUGAGGAUCCUGGCAGCCCAGGUGCUCCUCUCCCUGGCCAUGCUGAGAUACCACCACCACCAGCC